GGGGAUAAGAGUAAGUCUGGUGGAUGGUACCCACAGAAACCUUGAACAGUCUACUUGAAACUCACUAGUGUUAAGAUCGCUGUCAGGAUUACUUCCUAAGGUAACAUGAGGGUCUUUGUGAUAGCCUUGUUAUUCUUAUCGACAACCUACGCUCAAGAUGUCAUAUUCCCAGACGAAGUGGGUGGAGAGGAACCUCCAAUCCAGGAGGUAGACCAACAGCUCAGUGAAGGGCUGAACAUCACGAAUCGACAGAACUUCAACUUCUUUUCCGGAUUCUCGUCUUCAAGCGGGUGCUUUACGCCCAUCGGAGAAAGAGGGGUAUGUGGGCGUCUCAGUCAGUGUGGUCAGUUCAUUCCCCUGCUGCAGCAGCUGAACGAUUUUGCGGUACAGAGGUUCUUCAGGGAACGCAUCUGCAGGGUGUUUGCUCGAAGCGUCUUCAUCUGCUGCCCCCUCGGCCAAACUGUGUUACCGACGAACAAUUUCCCUACCUUCUCCGUGAACGCCCCCCCUCAACGAUUGCCUCAGACCUCCGUCAUUCCCUCGGAGAAUGAGUGCGGAGUCCCGGGAGUACCUCGAGUGACCGGUGGAGUGGAAUCUCAGCCUGGUUUCUGGCCCUGGUUAGCAGCGCUGGGUCAGAGAAUUUCCGGAAACCAGUUCUUCGUCAACUGCGGAGGAACUCUCAUCACUGCCAGACAUGUUAUCACUGCUGCUCACUGCUUCGGUGGAGAUAGUGAUCCGAACCUAGUAAGGUUAGGGGAGCACCAUCUCGACCACGACAAUGCUGGUGAGAGGCCGCAGGAGUUUCGCAUCGCGGGGAGAAGAACCAGUUCGUAUAGGUCUAACACUCACGAAAAUGAUAUUGCCAUCGCCAUCUUGGACCGCUCAGUUUUUUAUAAUGACUUCAUUCGACCAAUUUGUCUCCCAUUCAACUUCAGAAACGAAGAGUUCGUCGGAACAUCACUUACUGUCGUCGGGUGGGGAAGAACGGCAUUUGAGAACCGAGCCACUUCCAAAGUACCGAUGCAGGCUCAAGUACCAGUCGUUCCGAGGAGUAAUUGCUUCAGGUCUUAUCAGCGACUGAGGAAUAAACCUGUUGUUAACGAUAAAGUUUUAUGUGCCGGGACUGGAGGCCAGGAUUCUUGUAACGGUGACAGCGGCGGCCCUCUGAACUACCUCCACUUACCCAAUGGCCGAUUUUACCUGGUGGGCAUCGUCUCCUUCGGGGUCGAGUGCGCCCGGCCUGACUACCCAGGUGUCUACACCCGUGUGACCUCCUUCCUGGACUGGAUUCAACAGAAUGUGCAAUAGAGGAUCGGAUUACGAACUCGGACGAAGAAUUCAUAAAGGAUAACGAAUGGCCCACCCCUUCUAGAGGCUGAAGAACAUUUAGUUUACUUGUGAAAGGAACAUGGACAUGUGGGCUGCAUACACGAAAUAAUAUGAAUGUGGAUUUUGCUAAGAAAGGCGGGGAAUUAAGUCCGUGAUCACCGCCAUGAAAAAGUGGAAUUUGCUUGCCAGCUCUGUCCAGAAAUGUGUAAAACUUACCUCGGCUUAUACUGUAUAGUGUGGACUUCGACAGGUAUACGUACUUAUGAGAUAAAUUAUUAUCAUUUCUGCACCCGACAAGGACUCAAGGCUCGUUGUGGGGGAAAGAAAAAUACUUUCAUAUUGUUUCUUACUCGGUCAUUCAAAGGGUUUCAGCGGAAAUCUUUUUGGAAUAAAUAGACCUAUACUGCUCAUCGACGUUCAGUUCGUCACUAGGUUUUUCUGUGAUAAGACAUGAGAAGGUAACUGAAUCCAAUAACCAUUGUGCGAAUGAAAAGUCUAAUACGUCACUGGAUUUGGAAAGAGGCUAUACGAUGUAAUCUCUAAAUAAAUUAUUCAUUCAGUUAGUAA